AUGGUUUCACAUCUUUCCUUUGACUGUGUCCUGCUGUUGCUGCUACUCCUCACAAGGUCUUCAGAAGGGGCAUAUGUAGCUGAAGUGGGUCAGAAUGCUGAUCUGCCCUGCACCUACUCUCCAACCACUUCUGAGAAUCUUGUACCUAUCUGCUGGGGCAAGGGAUCCUGUCCUGUGUUUGAAUGUCAUAAUACGGUGCUCAGCACAGAUGGAAGGAACUUGAAAUAUCAGACAUCCAACAGAUACCGGCUAAUGAGGAAUUUCCACAAAGGAGAUGUGUCCUUGACUAUAGAGAAUGUGACUCUAGCCGACAGUGGGACCUAUUGCUGCCGGAUCCAAUUCCCAGGCCUAAUGAAUGAUAAAAAGUCAAACCUGGAGUUGGUCAUCAAACCGGCCAAGGUCAUUGCUACUUGGACUCCAUGGAGAGACUUCACUGCACCCUUUCCACUGAUGCUCACCACCAAGGGACAUGGCUCAGAGACACAGACACUGGUGGCCCUCCAUGAUAAACAAACUCAAAUACCCACAUUGGCUAAUGAGUUAGAAGAUGCUGGUGCGACCACCAGACUAGGCGUCUACAUUGGAGCAGGGAUCUCCGCUGGGCUGGCUCUCAUUUUUAUCAUUGGUGCUUUAAUUCUCACAUGGUAUUCAUAUAGCAAAGAGAAGUUACAGAAUUCAAGCCUCGUCACUUUGGCCAACCCCUCCCCCUUGGGGUUAGCAAAUACGGGAGCAGAAGGAAUGCGCUCACAGGAAAACAUCUACAUCAUUGAGGAGAAUAUAUAUGAAAUGGAAGAUCCCUAUGAAUACUAUUGCUAUGUCAACAGUGAGCAGCAAUCCUGA